GUGCUAGCCAUGGUGGACUUUAGCUUUUAGCUGUGCAGCGGGAAUUCAUUGUCGCGCGGAAUACGGUAGUUGGGGGGUUAAAUGAAUUUUCUAGCUCUGAUCAUUUAUGUGUGUGCUCCUGCAUGCAUGCAUGCGACUUUAAGCUUAAUCGGGAAAUCGGUAAUAAAGCUCGGAAAGAUGGAAAACGUUCUUAUCCGCGCGGAUUUUAGCGUAACUUGCUGGCGUUUCUUUACGCCGCCAAUCAAGUCCCGCAUUGCAUGACUCGUUGCGAUUAAAUCCGAAAUUGAUCGAAAUGCUCUUAAGUGCGAAAAGAUCAACAAACAAUUGACAGCCUUUUCUAGGGAA